AAGGACAAUCUCAACUAAAGCAAUGCCAUGAUACAUUAACUGUUGAUGGCUUACUACAUCUCCCCCGCAAAAAGAAAGAAAGAAAGAAAAAAAGAUGGCUUGCUACAUCUAGGUUUGGUUUGGGAUCGAAGUAGCACUUUCGAUCCUUAACGCUGCUCAUUGCCCAUGCACGUCGCGACUCUUUCAAACCAAGGGAACUCACCUGAAAAGCACUCAUUGAUACACGUCCACCUCUCAAAUCACCAACCUAAACUUGGCACAAGCAGCGCCACCACCACCCUCUCCGUCCCUUCCAUCUCUCUCUCCCUUGUCUACGCGCGCGCGAACCACGGUGCUAUGCCACGCGCAUUGGGCACGGCCAAGAACUCGACGUCGAGAUGAGGGGCGACAAGGAGGCUUUCUUCCACUGCCUGGACCGCGUGCCGUCCGGCAUCCACAUCGACACCGACCACCCCUCCGACGACGACGAUGACGAAGAGGCCCGCUCCUCCUUCUCCUCCGCCAUGGGCGACCACAACUUCCAGAGCUUCCGCCGGCCCCAGUCGGCCAUGCUGCUGGAGGACGAGGACCAGGAGCCGGAGCCGGAGAUGGAGGACGCGUCCAAGUACGACAUGUGGAUGUCCGACGAGCCCAUGUCCAUCCAGGAGCGCCGCCGCCGCCUGCACCAGGGCCUGGGGAUGGUCAGCAGCCGGGACCUCGCGCUGCGCCGCCACAGCACCAAGAAGCGCUUCAUCGACGUGCCACGGAGCGUGUCCAGGAGGAUGCAGCAGAUGCCACCGUCGUUGCCCGUCGCGCCAGCCGCCAACGCCCCGACUCCGAGCGUUGCCGCCGCGGAGACAACUCGCGCGCCGCCGUCGGGGCUGGCCGCCGCGCGCGAGAUGCUCAAACAGCCGCCGGCCAAACCCAUCACGAGACGCCGGUCGGACGGCUUCCUCGCCGUGCGAGACGGCUCCGGAAGGCCGUCUCUGCGUCGUGCUCGCUCCUUGCUCAGCCCGCACGACCCCUGCAGCAGCUCACUCAUCGAUAAGUUUAAAGCGACACGUGAUAUGCCCGCCGUGACCAUGCCGGCGUCAGCGCCCGCGGAUAAAGGCACCAAAGGUGACGGGGACGACGGCGGCCAGACCAAGAAACAGGACAACAGCAAGGAGGGUGCCGUCAUGGCUGCGCCCAAGGACCAGAACCAGACCGGCGUGCAGCAUGGUCUGGAGGAGAUCGAGAAGUUCAUCGGCAACACCCCCAUCAUGAAGCACCUAAUGCGGCGCGGCCCGAGCCAGCACCACCAGCCCAUGCCGCCGGCUGCAGCUGCGGCACCGCCCAAGGGCGACAAGUCGGCGGGCAAGAAGAAGGGCGGAUGGCUCAAGAACAUCAAGUCGGUCGCCACCACCAUCGGCUUCAUCCAAGACAAUGGCAAGCCGGUCCCCGCCAGCAUGGCCACAGGCGCAGCCCCCAGUACGGGCCCCGCCAGUGCAGCCGUUCCACCUUCCUCCUCCUCGACGUCCACGGAGAAGCUCAAGGUUCAAAACUAUGGCAAGUCGAGCAAGGAGCUCACUGGAUUGUACAUGUCCCAGGAGAUCCAGGCGCACGAGGGGUCCAUAUGGAGCAUCAAGUUCAGCGCGGACGGGCGGCGGCUGGCGAGCGCCGGUGAGGACUGCCUGGUGCGCGUGUGGGAGGUGGUGGAGACCAGUGCGCCGCCGAGCUCCGUGCCGCAGGACGGGUCCCUGCCCCCUCUGCCCGGCGGGGCGGACGGAUCGUCGCAGGCGCCGGGGCUGUCCAAGAAGUCGACGACCAAGGGCGGCAAGACCGCGCUCCCGGAGCACCUCGUGGUCCCCGACAAGGUGUUCGCUCUGGCCGAGCAGGCGCUGUGCGUCCUGGAGGGGCACGAGGACGACGUGCUGGACCUCACCUGGUCCAAGUCCGAUCAGUUGCUGUCGUCGUCCAUGGACAAGACGGUGCGGCUGUGGGACACGGCGAGCAAGGCCUGCCUCAAGAAGUUCUCGCACAGCGACUACGUGACGAGCAUCCAGUUCAACCCGGUGGAUGACCGGUACUUCAUCAGCGGCUCGCUGGACGCCAAGGUGCGCCUGUGGAGCAUCCCCAACCGGCAGGUCGUCGACUGGACCGACGUCAACGAGAUGGUCACCGCCGCUUCCUAUUCCCCCGACGGCCAGAGCGCCAUCAUCGGCUCGCACCAAGGGAGCUGCCGGUUCUACAAGACAGCAGACUGCAAGAUCAGCCCGGAGGCUCAGAUCGACGUCCAGUCCAAGAAGCGCAAGUCGCAGGCCAAGAAGAUCACCGGAUUCCAGUAUGCCCCGGGGAACCCGUCGGAAGUGCUGGUCACCUCGGCCGACUCGCAGAUCCGCGUCUUCGACGGCGUCACCAUGGUCCAGAAGUUCAGAGGAUUCAAGAACACGAGCAGCCAGAUCGCGGCGGCCUACACCUCCGACGGGCGGUACGUGGUGUGCGCGAGCGAGGACUCGCACGUCUACAUCUGGAGGACCACCCGGAGCGCGCCCGCCGCGGCGGCCAUCGGCAUCGGCAUGAAGCCCAAGACGUGGUGCACCAUCCGCUCCUACGAGAACUUCUACUGCAAGGACGUCUCCGCCGCCGUCCCGUGGACCCACUCGCCGUCCCUGCCCGGCAGCCCAAAGUCGCACCAGGGCGUCGUGUCGUGCAAUGACGACGUGUGCAGCAUGGCGAGCCACGCCGCCAAGCCGGACGUGAGCAAGAGCGGCGAGCUGAGCAGGGUGACCAAGAGCGGCGAGCUGAGCAGCCCCGCGGCGCCGUCGCCACACUCGGGCCCGCUAGACACGCCGUCGUCGCGGCACGCCAGCAAGACCGGAGCCAACGCCUCGGACAGCGGCAACGCGUGGGGCUUGGUGGUAGUCACGGCGACCUUGAGCGGCGAGAUAAGGGUGUACCAGAACUUCGGGACGCCCUUCAGGAUCAAAGGCCAGGGCAAUCUGUUUUACUGAUCCGCCCAGCCUAAUUCUUGCAAAUUUAAUUAGCAAAUGCUAUGCGGACGUAACAUGACUUGGCGACUCGUUUUCACGAUCUUGUGUGCGACUCGUUUCACCUAGAUUAUCAGUAAUGCUAGACCCACGUAAUGCUACGUACAAAUUUUACGUAAUACUCCCUCCGUUUUUAAAUAUUUGUUUUUUUAG